AGGUUGAACAAAAAAUGCAAAAAUAAGUACACGAUAGACGUACAGUCAUUUUAAUGCUCGGUUAUUAAUUUGCUCGUGUUUUUGUGUUAAAUAUUAAAUAAAGAAUACAAAGGAUUGCAAAUCAGUUUAUUUAGUGUUUGUGGAAGCUGAAAAAUAUAUAGUGUUGUUUGUGCACGCGGAGCAUAAACUAAAGAAAGCGAAGCGUGAGGGAGCAUGAAAAUGAAGCGCGAAAGCAAUGAUGGAGAUGGACCACAGGACCAAAAGCGCAACAGACGCAAUGAGGAAACGGUGCGAAUAUUGAUACCAAGCAGUAUUGCGGGCGCUGUCAUUGGCAAAGGAGGCCAACACAUACAAAAGAUGCGCACUCAGUAUAAAGCCACUGUGUCUGUGGACGAUUCCCAAGGCCCCGAACGCACCAUACAAAUCUCCACGGAUAUCGACUCCACGCUGGAGAUUAUAACAGAAAUGCUGAAAUACUUUGAAGAGCGCGACGAGGAAUACGAUGUGCGCUUGCUAAUUCAUCAAAGUUUGGCCGGUUGUGUCAUAGGCAAGGGUGGCCAAAAGAUCAAGGAGAUACGCGAUCGCAUUGGUUGCCGUUUUCUGAAGGUCUUCUCGAAUGUGGCGCCGCAGAGCACAGAUCGCGUGGUGCAGACGGUGGGCAAGCAGAGCCAGGUCAUCGAGGCGGUGCGAGAGGUGAUCACCUUGACCCGUGACACGCCCAUUAAGGGGCCGAUACACAACUAUGAUCCGAUGAACUUCGAUCGCGUCUAUGCGGACGAGUACGGCGGCUAUGGCACCGGCACCGGCAGCACACGGCCCAGCCAGCGUGGUGGCAAUCGCGGUGGUGGCGGCGGCGGUGCUGGUGGUGGCGGUGGUGGAGGAGGAUUCGGCGGUGGUGGCGGCAAUGGCGGCCGCGGUGGCAAUGAUCGCUUCGGUGGUGGUGGCCGCGGCGGUGGCGGAGGAGGCGGCGGUGGUGCUGGUGGUAACGGCGUCUCCGGGCUCGGCGGCAUGGGCGGACCCCGCGACAAUCCCUUCAUCAAUCCCUGGGCCAACGGCGGCGGCGGCGGCGAUGCCGAUGGCUUCGGCGUGGGCAACAAUGGCGGCGGCUUCGGCGGCAACAACUUCGGCGGCGGCAACUUUGGCAAUAACUUCGGCAACAACUUCGGCAACGGCCCGAACGACUUCGGCGGCGGCAACCAGCUGGGCGGCGGCGGAGGUGGCGGCGGCAGCAGCAAUCUGCCCAGCCUGGGCAACUUUGGCCAGAGCCAAGGCAGCAACAGCGGCGGCGCUGGUUUCGGUGCGGGCAACAACAGUCUGGGCAACGGCCUGGGCGCUGGCUUCGGUGCCGGCGGCAACAACAGCCUGGUCAAUGGCCUGGGCACUGUCAACAAUGGCGGCGUGGGUGGACUGGGUGCUAACAACGGCGCUGGUGGCUUCAAUGCGGGCGUCGGCGGCAAUGCGGGCUCCAACAACAGCGCCAAUGCCCCGACGAACAUACCGCAGGGACACGAUCCGAAUAACAGCACACAGGUCACCAUACCCAAGGAUCUGGCUGGCGCUAUCAUCGGCAAGGGAGGCGGUCGCAUACGACGAAUCCGGAACGAGUCGAGCGCCUAUAUUACCAUAGACGAGCCGCUGCCCGGCUCGAAUGAUCGCAUCAUUACCAUCUCGGGCACGCCCAAGCAAAUACAGAUGGCACAGUAUCUGCUGCAACAGAGCGUGCAUGAAAAUGGAAGGCGAAACAUUUAAGUGGACUGCAACAACAACAACAACAACAACAACAAACAUAAGCAUAUAGCGAAGUAGCCAUGGAAGUGCAAAAGCUGCGUUCACAUUUAACUUAAAAACAUAAAACAAAAAACUUACUAAAAAUAUAAAAUAAAAAAUGCAACUGAUUAAGGAUUGUCCCCAAUAUCUAGAGAGUAAAAUUAUACUAUAAUAUUUCUUUGCUAAGUUUAAGUAAAUUCUACAAAAACCUUCCACCCGCCCCCCGCUACAUAUAUAUAAAGAAAUGUGCCCCAAAAAAGCUCGCCCCCUAGAAAUUCUCUAUAUACAUAUACAAUACAUAUAUUUAUAUGAUUAAGAAGCAUGAACAAAUAAAGUAUACAAUAAAGAACGAAA